AUGGGCAACGAGUGCUUCCUGGCCUGCAGCACGGUGCACCUGCCCGCGGCCGAGCAGAACCUUGCCAGAUACAGACUGCGUGUGGUUGAGCCCCCACCGCGGCCCGUGAGGAAAAGCCCCGCCCCCGAUGGAGAUGGUCCGGACAUCGAGUCCAGCCUGUGGAUGUGGGUGAACCCCAACAUCGUGUUUCCCCCGGGAAAGCUGGAGGCCUCACAGCCCAGGCCGGGGGACGGCCCGACCAGCACACGUCCCGCCCCUCCGCUGGCCCCGAGAGAGGAAGACUGCGCCCGCUGCCCGGAGGCCGGAGUGGGGGGGCGGUCUCCCCCUCCGGAGCAGCCCCCUGCCCCCAGCAGCUCGGAGCUCGCAGAAGAGGAGGCUGGGGGCCAGCACGACAGCUCCUCUGUGGCGCUCCCGUCCCCUCACAACAGGGCCCCCCUCCAGAGUCGGAGGCCCCGGCAAGCCAGCAGCCAGGAGGGGAGGCCCUGGCCCCGGCCCCCGCUCAAUUACUUCCACCUCAUCGCCCUGGCCCUGAGGAACAGCGCCCCCUGCGGCCUCCACGUGCAGCAGAUCUACAGUUUCACCCGGUAG